UUCAUAAAACCAAAUUUAGGUUUCUGACCCCUCGCCGACCUCUCUCGUCGAAAUCAAGCAGGCAUGUCCGGCGAAGAGGAAGAGAACGCUGCCGAGCUCAAAAUCGGAGAAGAAUUUUUGAAGGCCAAGUGUUUGAUGAAUUGUGAAGUGGCUUUGAUUCUUGAGCAUAAGUAUGAGCAGCUUCAGCAAAUGUCUGAUGAUCCUAAUAAUCAUGUUUCCCAAGUAUUUGAGAAGUCGCUGCAGUAUGUCAAACGCUUUAGCCGUUAUAAAAAUCCAGAUGCUGUUAGACAAGUUCGAGAAAUUCUGAGUAGAUAUCAGUUAGCUGAAUUCGAGCUUUGCGUUCUUGGCAACUUGUGUCCUGAGACUGUGGAGGAAGCGAUUGCUAUGGUGCCUUCCAUCAAGACUAAAGGACGUGCUCAUGACGACGAUGCCAUCGAGAGAAUGUUAAAUGACCUGUCCCUUAUCAAGAAGUUUGAAUAGUGGCAACUAAAGUUCUGGUUAUCUAAGCAAUCAAUAGAAUGUCAAAUGGCGCUGCCUCUUGUAAAAAUCUCUGUUGGGACCAUUACAUUUUUAUCUAAGUUUGUCGAAUGGUUUAUGUUCUGCUAUUUUCUCAGUAAGGCAUUGCAAAUCUGCAUGCCUAGAUAA